AUGGCGGUGGUCGCAACUAUCAAGUGCGUCGUCGUCGGCGAUGGUGCUGUCGGAAAGACUUGUCUUCUCAUCAGCUACACAACCAACAAGUUUCCCUCCGAAUAUGUCCCGACCGUCUUUGAUAACUACGCCGUCACCGUAAUGAUUGGUGAUGAGCCCUACACACUCGGCCUGUUUGAUACCGCUGGUCAAGAAGAUUACGACCGACUGCGACCUCUUUCAUACCCCCAGACCGACGUUUUCCUCGUUUGUUUUAGCGUCACAUCGCCCGCCUCGUUCGAAAACGUCCGCGAGAAGUGGUUCCCCGAGGUUCACCACCACUGCCCCGGCGUUCCCUGCCUCAUCGUCGGCACCCAAGUGGAUUUGCGGGACGACCCCAGUGUCCGAGAGAAACUCUCGAAACAAAAGAUGGCCCCUGUGAGGAGGGAGGAUGGCGAGCGAAUGGCCAAGGACCUGGGUGCCGUCAAGUACGUCGAGUGCAGUGCGCUCACGCAGUUCAAGUUGAAGGAUGUGUUUGACGAGGCCAUCGUUGCUGCUUUGGAGCCCCCCGCCCCGAAGAAGAAGUCGCAUAAGUGCCUUGUCCUAUGA